CAUUCCGUUAUCUUUGUUCAACGCUCUUAUCAACAGGAGUUAAUAUGACAUGUAGUGUUCUGAAACGAAAUGUGUGCGAUGUUAAUUCUCCAUGGCAAAAUGUUCACCAGAAUGAGAGUUCUGCUGGUGUUUUUAUACGUUCUAUGUGCGUCAUAUGGUCAGACGCAGCCGACAGGUACGUUCGGACGAGACUUUUAUAUUGGAAUUUUGAAAACGUUCAUUGACAACUCCAUUCCUGAGUUUUCUAUUCUCAUUACGUCAAAUACCUCUGGAACGGCAACUAUAUACAUCCCACAUUUAGGCAUUAAUACAACCCGAAGCUUUAAUCAAAGUCUGGACUAUGAAGUAACAGGAGAUACAAUUACGAAAAUUAACGCGACGGUUGAAAGGAAAGGAAUACAUGUGACAACAGACGUCGACGUUACUCUUGUUGUAUUAAAACACCCGAGAAACACCGUGGAAGGGUUCCUUUCACUUCCUGCUACAAUGCUGUCGACUGAAUACGUUAUAGCGUCGUAUGACUCACAUAAUGAUAAACGCUACUUAAGCAACUUUCUUAUCGUUUCUGCACAUGAUAACACAGAUAUAGAAAUACAUGAAAACAACAGUAUAUAUUCAGUCUCUAUGAAUCAUUUAGAUACCUAUCUGUUCAGAGGUUAUAAUGAUUUAAGCGGAGUUGUCGUUAGGAGCAAUAAACCUAUUGCCGUCUUUUCUGGACAUGAAUCUGCGCAAGUGCCAAAGCCUUGUUUCGACGGGGAAUAUUUAGUAGAGCAACUUUUACCGGUAAAACAUUUCGCUUAUGAAUUCAUUGUUCCUCCAAUACCGUUGAGAUCAGGAUAUGUAGUUAGAGUAUACAGUUCUGUCCAAAAUACAACUUUUACAUACAGUAAUGCGACAAAUAGUAAAACAAUAUCUCUGGCGAAGGCUGGGGAUUUCCUUGAAAUACUCAGUGACAACAAUCCCAUGUAUGUUUUGGCCGACAAACCAGUGCAAGUAAUGAUGUAUGCAACAUGCUUACCGCACAAUAAUACUGCUAGAGGGGAUAUUUUCAUGACCAUAGUUCCAUCAGUAACACAGUUUACAAAUUCUUAUCACUUCACAGUGAAAGCCUUAUACGGGUUUACUCAUUAUCUCGCUAUUACUACAAGGACCGAGUUUAUAUCUGGAUUGAGAAUUAAUGACCAUGCGAUGGGAAACUUAUUCCACACAUAUAAUGUUUCACACGCGUAUCUAACAUUCAAUGUCAAUGUAUACAAGAUGACAGGCGGCGUGUACCAUCUUCAGCACGAGCAAGGUAAAACCUUCGGAGCCAUACAGUGUGGAUUUGGCAGCAAUUUUGCAUAUGGAUAUCCCUUGGGUAUUAACACAUCCAAAGACGGAGGACUUACCUUUUGGACUGGUAAAGAUAUGUCCCACCUGUAUCAAUUGAUACCGUAA